CUGGGCGGAGGUGGCGGGGUAGUUUGGCGCCCGGCGGAGGCCGCAGCGGGGUCCAGGAAGAUGUUACCAAGUAUGUCAAUGAAUUCCCCAGUGCAGGGGAACGGAGCCCUGAAUUCCAGGGAUGCAGCAAGACACACGGCUGGAGCAAAGCGCUACAAAUACCUGAGAAGGCUUUUUCGCUUUCGGCAGAUGGACUUUGAGUUUGCUGCCUGGCAGAUGCUCUACCUGUUUACGUCCCCACAGAGGGUUUAUAGAAACUUUCAUUAUCGAAAGCAGACAAAGGAUCAGUGGGCCAGAGAUGACCCUGCUUUCUUGGUCCUGUUAAGUAUCUGGCUCUGUGUAUCCACUAUAGGAUUUGGCUUUGUGCUGGACAUGGGAUUCUUUGAGACGAUAAAGCUUCUCCUUUGGGUUGUAUUCAUAGAUUGUAUAGGCGUUGGUCUUCUCAUAUCAACUUUAAUGUGGUUUAUUUCUAACAAAUAUUUAGUGAAACGGCAAAGCAGAGACUAUGAUGUGGAGUGGGGCUAUGCCUUUGAUGUGCAUCUGAAUGCUUUUUAUCCUCUCCUAGUCAUUCUGCAUUUUAUCCAGCUUUUUUUCAUUAACCAUGUUAUCCUAACAGACACAUUUAUUGGAUAUUUAGUUGGAAAUACCUUAUGGUUGGUUGCAGUUGGCUAUUAUAUCUAUGUAACCUUCCUAGGAUACAGUGCAUUGCCAUUUUUGAAAAAUACAGUAAUUCUUCUCUAUCCAUUUGCACCUCUCAUUCUACUCUAUGGACUGUCACUAGCACUAGGAUGGAACUUUACCCACAUGCUAUGCUCCUUCUACAAGUACAGAGUGAAAUGAAGAGAAAAAGUGAGACUAGAACAUCUUAACUAUGUCUGCAGUAUUGGUGAGGUGAUGACUUCUUCUGAAACUUGUAAAUAAACUAUCAUUGUAGAUAUCUUAAAGGUGUAAAGUUUGCAACUUGGAAGAAAUAUGUUAACACUAUGGUUGAGUACAUUCCUUAAAACUAAUUAAAUGUACAUUUCUAUAAUAAAUAUUUUUUAAACUAAUGCAUUUAUUUUAUUCAUUCUAAUAUUUGCACACAAGAAUGAUAUCUAAAGUACUAAGGGCAUGAGGAAAAUAGAAAGGUAAGAGGACUUUAAUAUGAAUUGAGUAUUUUUGAAAGAGUGUCCAUCUGGAGAACUAACCCCCCGCCCCAUUACUGACAAGGUACACAGUCUGCCCCCAUUUCUAAUGGGCAACUGUAGUUGAAAUACUGAUAUAGGUCACAUGAUCCUAGUUUAACCUUCAAAAGCCUCCUUAACCUGUAAUGUAACUCAAAUAGGAAUCACUGUACUACAGCCCCUAAAUAUCAACAGCAUUUUCUAUGC